AUGGAGCUUGUGUUCAGGAUGAAGAUGGUCUGGGUUCUGAUAUCCAUGCUGGGUCUACAUUACCUGACCUUUACGUCUGCUCAGCUUCAGACUUUAUCCUCUUACUUACUGCCCUCUUCCCCUCUACAGGAGUGUCCCUCCAUCGCUGACUUGCUGAACUCCCUGCGUCAGGUGGAGAAGAUGUUGGCAGUCCAUGAGGCAUCCUACCAGCAAGGUCUUCGCUCCCUGAAGAAGAAGAUGAGCGCCCUGCACAACAGCACCAUGGCCAUCUUCAAGAGUGGAGCUACGUGUCCCAAACCAGAGCCCCCUCCUUAUGGCCGCAGACUUGGCCGGGUGUUUGGCGUCGGACAUGAGGUCCACUUCCUGUGCAAGCCUGGCUAUGAGCUGAUUGGUCCACGGACCCGAGUCUGUCUGGAUUCUCUGAGGUGGAGCGGGCAGCAGCCAAUGUGCCGACGUCUUAAUGAAACAGGAAACACCCUCGCCUCCUUCUCCCCUGCUGCUCCUUCCUCCUCCUUUUCAGGCUCUGCUGCUCUCUCAGCCUCCUCCUCUUUAUCUUCUUCACCUCCUUCUUACUCCUCUUUAUCUCCUACCACCUCCUCCCCCUCCGCCUCGGUCCGUCCGUCUCACUGCACUCACUUCCUGGGUUCAACCCGCUGCACCUGCGACGUUGGAUUCACCAUCUCAGGCCGGGACAACAACAUCUGCACAGACAUCGAUGAGUGUCGACUCUUUCCUCUGAGUCAGCCUGGUCAGCUCUGCGCCCAUCAGUGCGUCAACACUCCCGGAAGCUUCCACUGCUUCUGUCCUCCAGGGUAUAACCUCGCCAGAGACGGCCACAGCUGCACAGACAUCGACGAGUGUGAAAACAUAAUGCACGACUGCACAGCAGAGCAGGUGUGUGUGAACACCUACGGAGGCUUCCAGUGCGUGUCUGUAGAGUGCCCCCUUAUGAGAAACGCCACGUACAUCAAGACGUCACCAAUGCGCUGUGAGAGGAACCCGUGCAUGCUGGGAGACAAAGAUUGCACCCAGGCUCCCAGCUCCAUCUCCUUCCACUUCCUCUCCAUCGUGUCCAACAUGUCGGCCCCCCGCGUCCUCUUCAGGGUGUCGGCGGCUCGCGUCUUGGGCGACACCCUGAGAUUCGGCCUGGCUGGGGGUCGUGGGCGAGGUCAUUUCAGCGUGCAGCGCUCUGGGCGUCAGACAGGCACCCUCCUCCUGGUUCAGCCAAUCAAAGGUCCGGCCAUGCUAGAGGCCGAGGUGGAGAUGAGCGAGCUGGAGCGGAACUCUUUACUGGGACGCUACCUCACCAAGGUCACGCUGUUUGUGUCACCGUAUGAGUUUUAAGGAGAGGACCGAUGGCUUCAUGGAGGUUCGACUCUGGUUGGCCAGUUUUUGAGUUAUUUCUACUCCA